AUCGGAGAAAAGUGAAAACUUCAAGAGAAGUUGUAGAUCGACGACAGCCGAACCCGGGAGUCCCCUGCGGCCUCUCGUCUUUCUCUCUCCUCCAGGGUUUCCUCUAAUCUCCCACCAAAUCCCAAAAAACUCAAAUCCCAAAUUAUAUCACCCCUAAAAUAUGGUAGUCUCCCGUCUCCUCAAAACCUCACUCCCCCAAAUUCAUCAAAAAACCCUAGAAAACAAAAGAAAACCCAACGAAAUCAAACAAAAGAAAACCCAACGCAAUGGUCUGCACGUCGAACUAGAAUCGAAGCAUGGAAGCCCACUCCCUCCUCCAGCGCCAUGGCUUCGACGUCUCCUCCUACGGCACUGGGGCACACGUUAAGCUCCCCGGUCCAUCGUACCGAGAGCCCAACGUCUACGAAUUCGGAACUCCUUAUCACAAUAUGUACGAUGACCUCCUCCGCAAGAACCCUGAAUUGUACAAGCGUAAUGGGAUCUUGCCGAUGUUGAAGAGGAAUAUGAGUGUGAAUCUAGCGCCUCAGCGCUGGCAGGAUAAUGUUGCUGAUGGCCCGUUUGAUGUUGUUCUCAGUUUCGAAGAUAGGGUUUCUGAUGCGAUCGUUGAUGGUUACUGGGUUUUUGUUUUUUGUAUUUUUUUAGUUUUGUUUUAAAGCUGAUACUUUGCGAUUGGGUUUUGAAUUUGAUUGAUUUAUAUGAGUUUCAAUUUGGAGUUUUUAUUUGAAUUAGUGUGCAAUUCCGAGCUUUGAUAGUUUUUAGAACUUGCUCUUGUGAGAUAAUGACAAUUACAAUUUCAGAUUUUGUAAUCAUACCUAAGGGUAUUAGCUGAAAUUGGAUUGAAAAAAUGCCUAGAGAUGUAACCGUCUACGACUGGGUUUUACUUGAUAAUAAGGGUUGGAGAUCGAACUCCAGCUUCGGUGUGGAGACAUUGCGAAGGUUUCCUUCGUAUUAAAAUAAAAAAACAAAACGAAAACUUCGUAUUAAAACUUCAAGAGAAAAUGAAAACUUUGUUGCAGUUGCAUUUAGACUGAAUGACUUAAGGCGCACUGGCUAUAUU